CGUAUGAGAUCCCUUUCCCCAGAAAUGGGUAGGAACUUCUGAAAAUAUCAAUAAGGUAUGGGUUUGGGAGAUACAUUAAUGGGGAGCAGUUGGGGUAGGAGAGCUAACUGUAUCGGCUGAUGAACCACACGAGCUUAAUUCGUUUUCCGUACUGUCUCAGCCGGUAUGUUGCAGAAUGAUGAGCACCAGAUCGUGGGACAAUUUUGGCAUUUAAAAGUAAAAUUAAAAUGCAUUCGGGGGAAUAAAAGCAAGAGGAAAAAAAUAAAGAUGAGAGAGAAAAAGCAAUUUCGACUAAAGGCAGUCUACUUUCUUCGCGAGCAAGGAAACAAGUAAUAAAUAAAGACCGUCUUCAACCUUUCAUUACUUCCAGAUGUUGAUCCGAUCGUCAGAAUGUCGAGCGAAGGAGAGGGCCCGGCAAUAGGGAUCGAUCUCGGGACGACGUAUUCGUGCGUGGGAGUGUGGCAACAUGAUCGAGUAGAGAUAAUAGUAAAUGAUCAGGGCAACAGGACGACGCCGUCUUAUGUCGCUUUCACUGAAAAAGAGCGCUUGGUAGGAGAUGCCGCCAAGAAUCAGGUUGCCAGGAACCCCUCCAACUCCGUCUUUGAUGCAAAGCGAUUGAUCGGUAGGAGAUUCAGUGAUCCCUUAGUUCAAAGUGACACCAAACUUUGGCCAUUCAAGGUCAUUGAAAGUCCGGGUGGCAAGCCUAUAAUCGUGGUCACUUAUAAGGGUGAAGAAAAGCACUUUUCUGCGGAGGAAAUCUCAUCUAUGGUUCUAAAAAAGAUGCGUGACAUCGCCGAGGCAUACUUGGGCAUGACUGUAAAGAACGCAGUUGUUACCGUCCCCGCCUACUUCAAUGAUGCACAACGUAAGGCAACAAAUGAUGCUGGCGAUAUUGCGGGCCUUAACGUCUUGCGGAUAAUCAAUGAACCCAUGGCUGCAGCCAUUGCUUACGGUCUUGACAGGGCGUGUGGCAUUGACAAGAGAAAUGUGCUGAUCUUUGAUUUAGGGGGUGGUACUGCAGAUGUCUCACUACUUACCAUUGAGGAGCGUACUUUAAUUGUUAAAGCCGUUGCUGGAGAUACACACCUUGGAGGGGAGGAUUUUGACAACAGAAUGGUAAAACAUUUUGUUGAACUAUUUAAAAGGCAAAACAAGGAAGACAUCAGUGGAAACGCCCGAGCUCUAAGGAGGUUGAGAACAGCUUGUGAGAGAGCAAAGAGGAUUCUUUCUUCUGCAAUUGAGACUACCAUUGAAGUUGAUUCUUUGUAUAAUGGUAUCGAUUUCUUCUCAACUAUUACCCGUGCCAAGUUUUCAGAACUCAAUAUGGAUUUCUUCAAGAAUUCUAUUGAACUUGUGGACAAGUGUUUGACUGAUGCUAAGAUGGACAAGAGUGUAGUCCAUGAUGUCGUUCUUGUAGGUGGUUCUUCCAGAAUCCCCAAAGUGCAGGAAAUGUUGCAGGAGUUCUUUGAUGGGAAGGAGCUUAACAAGAGCAUUAACCAAGAUGAAGCAGUGGCGUAUGGAGCUGCUGUUCUAGCUGCAAAUUUGAGUGGGAUUGGAAAUAAGAAUGUUCAAGAUAUUUUGCUCUUGGAUGUCACCCCUCUGUCUCUAGGAGUGUUGGCUGGUCGUGAAGGUAAGAUGUCUGUUGUAAUUCCGAGGAAUACCAGCAUUCCCACCAAAAUUGAACGUAAUUACACCACCGACAACAAUCAAACUGUUGUUCGAUUCCGUGUUUAUGAGGGUGAAAGAGCUAGAGCUGCAGAUAACAAUUACUUAGGAGAAUUAAUUCUUUCUGGCAUUCCUGCAUCACCCAGAGGAGUUGCUAAACUCAAAAUAUGCUUUGAAAUUGAUGCUAAUGGUAUCUUGAAUGUUUCUGCUAUGGAAAAGAGCACUGGCGCGAGUUGCUGGACCACUGUCACCAAUGAGAAGGCAAGACUCUCCACCGAAGAGAUUAAUAGGAUGGUGGAGAACGCAAAGAAAUACAAGGUUGAAGAUGAUGAGUACAGGAAGAAGGUUAAUGCAAGGGUAGCCUUGGAGAACUAUAUUUACGACAUGAGUAACACUAUCAAUGCUAAAGAUGCCAAGCUUGCCCCUAGAAGUAAGAAGAGGGUUGAAUCUAGUAUCGACGAGGUCAUUAAGUGGCUAGACGACGCCCAACUUGCAGAGGUAGAAGAUUAUGAGGAAAAGCGUGUAGGGCUUGAGUCGAUCUACAAGGAAGAAAAGGUCCCACAAUCCAUUAUCAAAACCCUCCAUCGCAUGAUGAGCACAUUCUUCUGGGGGGAGGCGAAUGGUAAAGGUAAAAACAAAUGAGUGGCUUAGAAUUCUAUUUGCCGUCUUGUUGAGGAAGGUGGCUUGGGUCUAAGACAUCUUGACGAUAUGAAACAAGGCCUGCACACUAGACUUGCUUGGAAUCACAUUCAAGGUAAUUCUUUAUGGGCCAAUUUUUUUAAGGGUAAGUAUGUGGGUGCUAAGCCUUGGUCCUUGAUUGAUCCAAAUAGGGGUACAAGGUUUUGGAAAAUGAUUACUAAAACCUUUCUCGUGGUUUUGAAUAAUUCUAAGUGGCGCCUUAAGGAUGGAAAUGUUUUCUUUCGGUCUGAUAAACGGCGGGAUAGCGGUCCUUUAUUUAAUGAUAUGAAAAUUACGGGUAAUCCUUUUGUUAAAGUUAAGGAUUGAAAAUUAUCAAACAAUUGGGAUGUGGAUCUUCAUCUCCAGUUAGUGGGCCCGGACAAUCUUGGCGGCAUCUUAGAGGAUAUUUGUAAAAGUAAAUCGGGUCAAGAUGUGCUAAUUUGGACAAAAAAUGAUAAUGGCUUGUUUUCCACCAAAUCGGUUUGGAAUUGUGUUCGUAACAGGGGAGGCACUCUUGAAGGGCAUUCUUGGAUGUGGCAUAAGACUCUUCCUCUCAAAAUGUCUAUCAAUAUGUAGAAAGCUUGGUAAUCCAUAUCAUCUUCGCCGUAUCGGCAUUCAUAUUAUUUCUUGUUGUGAUUGUUGUGCUAACUGUCACUGUGAAGACCAUAAUCAUGUUUUGCUUGCAGGUGAUAUUGCCAAUGCGGUGUGGCGUUAUUUUGGGGCUAUCUUCGGUAUUCUGAUUGGCCACAAUUGGAAAACCACGGUGCUGACUUGGUUUUGUCGCGCAAAAUCAUCAUCUCAAGUUGGCAUAAUUGUAAGGAUUAUUCCGAUUAUAUUUACAUGGAGACUAUGGCGGAGGCGUUGUUUGGCGCGCAUGGAGGGAUGAUUUGAAUCUGCAAAUGAUAUUAUUCAUUCUGUUCGUCGGUGGAUUAGUGUUUUAUGUCGUGAUAAGCAGAAUAGUUCUCACAUUUCUCAUUUUGAUUUGUAGGUAAAAGAGAACUUGAAUGUCUAGUCUACACUACCUCCCGUACGGUGAUGCAAAGCUAUUACUUGGCAACACCCAUCGUGUGGUUGGGUUAAAUUGAACACAAAUGGUAGUAGUUUGGCCAACCCGAGCGCCUCAGGUGUGGGUGGGAUUAUUCGUAAUGAUCAUGGUACUUUAAUACAUGCAUUUUCUUCUUUCAUUAGUACAUGUUCUAAUAAUCAGGCAGAGCUCUUAGCUCUCCUUCACGGGCUCCAGGUUUGUAAAUCUUUAUCUCUCAAUUACGUGGAAAUUGAACUUGAUUUUAUGAUUGUCAUUUAUUGGUGGAGGAGUAAAAGAUGUGGGGUUUGGUACCUGGAGGAUUUUUGGGAGGAAAGUCUAGACAUUAUGAGUACCAUGAAUUGUUUGGUUCAUUAUGUUUUUCGUGAGGGUAAUAAAAUUAUAGAUUGGUUGGCAAAGCAGGCUUCUCGUGUUGAUUUAGUUUUUUCCCACUUGAUGGAGACUCCCAAGUGCUGCGAGGGCUUAUUCGCAUGGACUACUCCAGGAUGCCUUCGCUUUAUUUUAGUUAGUUUUGUUUUCUUUUAUGUUGGUGCUUGUGUUUUGUUGUGCUUGUUUUUGCGUUGGUUUGGUCUUUUUUGCAUGCUGGGAUAUCUUAGUAA